AUAUUUUCUCUACAGGAGAGAGAGACAGAGAGCGAUAUUUUCGCUACAGGAGAGAGAGAGAGAGAUUCAUCAUACCAAUUUGGGGGCGAUUGAGCCAGGUCAAGUUCGGCUAGCUGUGAAUAUAUUUGUAUAUAUGUUAUUGUAUGUCUGAAAGAGAGAAAGAAGAAGAUAACGGUUGACCGGAGACUUGCACAUUUAUAAUCCAUCGCUGGCAUCGCUAUUCAGAUCCUCAUCUCUCUUAAAGUCAAGUCGCGUUGAACUGUUACUGAUUUGCGCAUCUCAGAUUCGAAGGCAUUAUGAGCUGUUUUAGCUGUUGCGAAGAAGAUGAUUUCAAUAGACCUCCUGCAGGAGGAGGACAAUACAUGGAUAAACACCAACCAGGAAAUAAUGCAGGAUACCAUCCCACCGAAGCUGCACCUAAGGGUUCCCAAGCUGUGAAAGUUCGGCCAAUUGAAGUCCCUACUAUUCCAGUAGAUGAGUUGAAGGAAAUAACUGAGAACUUUGGGACAACUUCUUUAAUCGGAGAGGGUUCAUAUGGAAGAGUGUAUUAUGGUCUUCUUAGGAAUGGAAGAGCUGCAGCCAUAAAAAAGUUGGAUGCUAGCAAACAACCAGAUGACGAGUUUCUAGCUCAGGUUUCUAUGGUUUCGCGGCUGAAGCACGAUAACUUCGUUGAAUUGCUGGGCUAUUGCGUUGAGGGUAAUCAACGUGUCCUUGCCUAUGAGUUUGCUUCCAAUGGUUCUCUGCAUGACAUUCUUCAUGGGAGGAAAGGUGUUAAGGGAGCACAACCGGGGCCUGUCCUGUCAUGGAGUCAACGGGUAAAAUUUGCUGUAGGAGCUGCUAAGGGCCUCGAUUACCUGCAUGAGAAAGCAGAUCCUCACAUUAUCCAUAGAGAUAUUAGGUCAAGCAAUGUACUACUCUUUGACGAUGACGUUGCUAAGAUUGCUGAUUUUGAUUUAUCAAAUCAAGCUCCUGACAUGGCAGCUCGUCUUCACUCCACUCGUGUUCUUGGAACAUUUGGUUAUCAUGCUCCUGAAUAUGCAAUGACUGGACAAAUGAAUGCCAAAAGUGAUGUAUAUAGUUUUGGUGUCGUGUUGCUCGAGCUCCUGACUGGUCGUAAACCUGUGGACCACACAUUACCUCGUGGCCAACAAAGUCUUGUGACAUGGGCAACUCCAAAACUUAGUGAAGACAAAGUAAGACAGUGCAUUGAUGCAAGAUUAGGUGGAGAGUAUCCACCCAAGGCAGUGGCAAAGAUGGCUGCGGUUGCGGCUUUGUGCGUGCAAUAUGAAGCAGAUUUCAGGCCUAACAUGAGCAUAGUGGUGAAGGCUUUGCAGCCACUUCUAAACACGCGCCCUGGACCAGCUGCUGGUGAAUCACCUGCCGCCCAUACAUGAUGUUGUUUCAUCACUGUCUGGUAUAUCUCUCACUCUCUAUUGUUAAUCUUUCUGAAAAUAGAAAAAAAGAAAUUAGUGCAAGUGGAUAUAAUAAUUAUGUAUGGAAGAUUGUUUAUGUUUGUAAAAGAAUUGAUUAUUCUUUUUGAUUGUUUGUGAAUCUUUUUUAGAAAAUAUCUUUUAUCCUUUGAGGCUAUUUUUGAA